GACCAAUCAAAGUCGAGCUUUCUUGUACUUAAAAUGCAGAGGGAAAUACAAAAAAUAAUAUAAUAUUUUCGACGAUUCUGGUCUAAAAUUCAAGUUGUCAGUCAUAGUAAAUGAAUUUAUUCUUUUGUCAUUAUCCUUUGAAGUGUAUAUGCCAGUUACGUUGCUGUUAGAUCAUUUGUUAGAAGCUUUUAGAAAUGUCACAAGUUUUCGCGUGCCUGUCAUAGGAGAGAGACACUAUUCGGAUUUUUAGCUUCCAUAUAUUGUGCUGUAUAUAAGAAGAGAUCAUGUCAGGUUGUGAGGAAGGUAUACUGGUUGAUUUUAGUACACCUGUUGAAAACUCCCCUGUCACAUCAACAGAUUCUAUCUCAAUUUUGCGAGAUGACCCGUUUGAUACACUAGAGAACAUUCCGAAGGUCAGCAGCCCAUUAAAAGGGUCGGAGAAUUUACUGCUUGACAUAUCAACAAGAUCAAACACGUCAGAUCAGAUGUCACCGCUCAAAUUUAUAGAAGAUGAGACUUUUGAUUUUGAUCUGCCAGCAACCCCAGAAACAAACUCAGAUAGAAGUAUUCCUGAAGAUGAAGAAGAGGAAGUAUUUUUUGGACCAGUUGGUUAUCGAGAACGUUGUGUUUCCACUGUUGUUAAUUCUGCUACUAAAGAAAGACUUCCCCUAAGUCCGCUUAACUCUAGGCAAAUUGCAGAGAUAUGUAGAGAAGCUAAUGUUGUGGCACGUAGAAUAACCGCCGCAGCUAGUGGGAAGAAAAGUAAAAGCUUGCCAAAACAGAAUCUGUUAUGUCCUCAAAAAUUACGACUAGAUCAAGCAAUAUUUGAUAAAGAGACAGUAGGAUCACUGUUAAAAUCUGUUAAGAAAAUCCAUACAUCUGACACAGACGACGAGGAUAAGGAAAAUUGUGAUAAACCUCAAGCAAUGGACAUAGAUGCAAGUGAAGGAAGUAUCAAUUGCUUGGAGGCAUUUUUAAGAAAUGAUGUGGUAGAGUCAAAAGAGGUGUCAAAAAGCAAUAGUUCUGAAAGUGAUUGCUGUGAAUCGCCAGCGAAACGACACAAUCGGUCUGGGACAUACACUUUAGAGGUUACUCCACACGAUCUUCUUCCUGCUGAUAAAAGAAAAUCACUUCCUGUUGUGGGAAAGUCAGAUGAAAAUUUGUUAACUGUAAAGACUAAGGAGGGUGACAAAGGAAGGAGAAGUUUAUCAAAACUACAGCAACCCAAUAGCAAAGUGGCAAAACCAUCUGGACUAAAGGGUCCAAAACCAGUUAAGAAGGCGGAGAAUAUAGAGAGUUCAAUAUCCAAACCAGAGGUGAGGUCACGACUGCCAGGACCUAAAACAAGCAGUCUUUUACCAUCUAAGCUACAACCUGCAGGGAUUAAUGGUUCCAGUGCUGUAAAUACAAGCAUACCAGGAAAAUCAUCUAAUCAAAUACCUCAGAAAGCAGCAUUUCCUGGACCUAAAGGAAGAGGGGCACCUAUAAGUAAAUUACAGCUGAUGAAACCAAGUAGACUACAAAGACCAUGUGCUGCACAGACAAAAAAUGGAGACAGUACAAAAAAGAAUGGACCAAUAAAAGCCUUUGUUCCUGCACAAACACAGGAAUCUGAAAAAGUUCUUGAAGAGAGCACACCAGCCAAGGUGGAUAAAAAAGUUCUCCCUGUCAAAAAUUUGUCAUCUAGUUUCUCAACACCAAAUAAAAGUAGCGGGAGUACAAGCAGUAUGGACUCACCUGUGUCAUUAGUGAAGAAACGGCGGUCAUUUCUCCCUACACCCACCAAGUCAAGUGUAGGAUCCAGUGGUUCUAUUGCUUCACCUUGCCCGUCAAGAACCAGCAGUACAUCUUCACAGAAAUCACUUGAUUCACCAUUUACUAGAAGCUCAUCGGUCGGAACCCGUAGUGCUAUAAAGAUUGGAAGUCUGGACCUGAUGGAUGAUUCUUCACCAAGUGCUAUGAGGCCAAAGAGACAGUUAGUUACAAAUACACCAAACAUGCCAAAGAAGAAGGCCUCCAUGUGGUCACCAGUACAGAAGAAGAAACCUCAUGAUUUAAUAGAUCAAGCUAUAAUGUGUACAAAAAACUUACGUAAAUAAACAUAAUAAUCAGCUGAUAGUAUCAAAAUGAUAGUUGGAAAAUGAUAAUGAUGCAUGUUUUAUAUUUAUAUAGCAUUCUUUUUCUUAUCAAAUUAACGUAUACCCUAAAUUAAACAUAUAUACUUUGAUAAAUACACUUUGAACUCAAAAUAGCCCUCUAAUGCUUUGGACAAAACAACAUCAACAUUUCUUAAAUGUGAUUAAGAUUAAAAAUGGAUUAUAUUUUGUGAAAAAUUGAAAUUGAUUCAUUUAGGGAUACUUGUAAAUUUAAAUAUUUAAUUUUUGUAUUUUUACAUUUUACUCAAUGAAUGAACAGUGCUUUUUGUGUUGCAGUAAAAUCUAUGAUAGGAUGUUUACUGUGUUUGAUUUGUAUGAUAAUGAAUUGUAUAGACAAAAAUAUUUGUGUAAUAUGUUGAUAAAUGUAAGAAAUAUUACUAGAGAAGUUAUUCAUACUAUAAGUAUUUUAUUUUAUUGUAUUAUAUCAUUUUGAUAGUCAUUUUCAACUGAACAAGUAUGUACACCUGGAUUGUAUCAUUUCCACCGGGUACAUAAUGUUUUAUUCUCACUUGCCCUAAUACAUUCUUUAUACAAUCAACUCGAGUGAUACAGUCCAUCAGACUAGCACACUUGUGCAAUAUUCCCUGUAGAUUAGUCACAAUGAAUAUAUAAAUGGUUUGUCACAGACUUGCGUUGACUUGAUAUUUAAACUUGUCAAGUUACUAAGUUUUGUAAAUUAUAAAUGAUAUUAAACAAAAGAAAUGGUAAUUUCAGUAUUUUGUGACAGGAAUGUGUUCUUUCAAAGAGUAUGAUAUAAGUACUAUAUUUAAUGCAAUUUGUUAAUUCAUCCCAAGUGAAAAUAUUUAAGUAUGUUAUCCUAUAUUUGCUACAUUAUUUUGUUGAAUGCUUUAGGUGCUAUUUUCUACUUCCUAUGGAAAUGUUACAUUUGCAUGUUUUUGUGCAAAGUUAGUGCUUAUAAUAAAUUUGAACAAAAAUAAAACCUGUUUGAUGAAAACAAGAGACAUGUCGUUUCUGUGGAUUUUAUUUUUACUUUUUGAUGGGUGAAUACUGUGAUGGAGUCAGUCUGUAUGCACUUUAUGUUAUCCCUGUUUGAUUAAUAACUGGUUUAUAUAACCUGGUAUGUACAUUUCCGAAUGGUUAAAGUUGUUGACUUCAAAUCACUUGCAGCUGUAUGUUGGAAUUUGGAUUCCUUCAUGUGAGGAAGCUAUCCAUCUGCUAGAUGGAUAAUUGUUGAUUCUACUCAUGACACUUCAUAUUAAAUCCUCCCCUAAUUAAUAGUUUCUUCAGUCAUUGGUUUGUGAGACUUGUUACAGGCAUAAGUAUGUUAUAUGCCACUGUGAAAGGCAAACCAAGUGGGGGCAUAAGUGUAUUAUGGAAACAUUUCUAGUUUCCAAUCUGUUAUCUGUAAUAGCAAUGCCUUUUUGGCAUCUUUGGUUAUUCUUAAAGUGGGUUCCAUGCAGGUAAAUCUCUUCAAAAAUAACAACAAAAUAAUAAUAUUGCAACACAUUUUUUGUCAAGUUAUUUCCCUUUAUUACAUUUGUAAAUACAAUAGUUGUUUGCCCAUUUUCGUUCUUACUAAAACAUAAAUUUUCUUCUCAACUUUAUUAAUAUUCACUUUAUUUCCUCAUUUAGUGCGCUAACUUUUUUCAUUGAAUUUGUGUACUACUAGUAUAAUUUAUGUAUUUUGUGUAUUUAAUAUUGAAAUGCUAGAACAUAUUUUGUCACAAAUACAUUGAUUAUGUAAUAAUAAAUGAUGUAAAAAAUGUAAUUUUAUAAGCACUUGUAAAGGACUAUUAAAAAAGUAAUAUAUAUUUAUGAUUUUGUGAAAAUGUUCUCUAUCUUUGUCAGUCUAGCUGUAAAAUGAAAUACAUGUGCGGAGAGAUUUAGACAAUUGAUUAUCUCAUCAAUGACAUAAUUUCUUCAAUAAAUUCAUUAAAUUAUAGUGGCCAUGUUAAACAGUUAAGAUUAUAAUAUAAUCAAAGCAUGUUAGAAAAUUUUAAGUGCUAAGCACAAGAUGUAGUUAAUAACAUUCUGUUUGAAUUUCCUUUUAUAAUAGCACGCUUUUAUACGAGUGUAAAACAGUAAAUGAAUUUGAAUUUGUUUUUUGUUUUAGCCUGGAUAUGUAAUAAAUAAAGCUGUUGCUAAAUUACUGCAGGUUCAACACUGAAUUUAUUUAUUUUAGCCUGGAUAGGUAAUAUAUAGAGCUGCUAUUAAAUUGUGUAAGUUCCACAUUAUAAUUUAUUAAACUUCCGGAAUAAAAUUAAAUUAUAAUAUGCAAUCCUCUGGCUAUUGAGAGGUGGCAAGUCACUGUAUAAUUUUGUUGAUCCGAGUUGAUACCAAUUGAU